AUGCGUGCCACUCGUUUCUUGCCCAUUUCGCUUGCAUUGUUGAAUGCCAUCUCGGGUGUCUCUGCCGAUUCUGACGUUACUGUGACUGUCACUUCCAACUAUGUUGCUCAAGAAACUGUUACUGCAUUCGUUUACACGAAUUCUUUAGGCUCUUUGACCACUCAACUAUUCACGAGACUGCCUUCGGCGACUGCGUCUCCAUUUGUGGCCCCAAGUGAGACCUCUCAGGAGUCUUCUGCCGCUUCUUCGGCUCCAGCUUCUUCUUCUGCUCCAGUGUCUUCUGCUCCAGUGUCUUCUGCUCCAGCGUCUUCUGCUCCAGCGUCUUCUGCUGCAGCUUCAUCUGGUGUUGCAAGCUCGGCAGCUGGAAGCUCUGCCUCAGCCAGCUCUGUGGCCGUCAGUUCUGCUGGUCAGAGUUCUGCUCCUAGCUCCUCUAUUAAGAGCUCUGCUGCAGCAAGCUCUACUAUUUCUAGUGUUGCUGAAUCUUCCAGCUCUGCUUCUUCCGCAGUUCCUUCGUCAUCUAGUGCUGCUGAAUCUUCUAGCUUACCAAGCGAGACACUGUUUGUGCUUCCUCCAGGCACUUACUACACCAAAACCGAACAAUCCACUACUACUAUGGAAGACGGUGCUAGCGCUGUUAUUGAGUAUGUCAUUAUGUAUACUAACGCCUGUGGUGUUUGA